AUGGACCUAUCUGGCUCACGUCCGUUGAGUCUGACCGUUCCGGCGGGUGCAUUUUGUCCCAUGCGUCCAACCUUGGAUGAGGUGCUAGCAAACACCGCCCCCGCUCCGUACACCCUCAGUGCUUUUAUGGCCUACCUUUCCCAAAACCACUGCCUGGAAACGUUGGAAUUCACCCUCGAAGCGAAACGGUACCGGGAAACGUACGAGGCACUCAGCCAGCAAUUGGGUGAAUACCCGAUCGGCACCGAAUGUCCGGAAAGCCAACAUCUGCGGAUGCUUUGGCAGCGACUUCUGACGGCCUACAUCAUGCCCGGAUCCCCCCGCGAGAUCAAUGUCUCCAGUGAAGUCCGCGACGAUAUUCUUCGACAGGCUAACUCGACCAUCCCCCCGCUGCCCGAGACCCUCGAUGCCGCCGUGAAACUCGUUCACGAAUUGAUGGAAGAGUCGAUCUUCCUGCCCUUUCUGAAUGCCCACUCCGCUAGCGCCCAGGUUGUACCGCUGGCAGAGCCGCUAUUUCCGCAGGAGGAUGGGGUAAUGGUGGUUGCUGGGCCGGGUCUCGAUGAACACGCCAUGAAGCGCGCCCGUUCGAAGGGACGGCGACUGUCCCCACGAUCUUCGAAAGAUUUUGGUUCUCCGACUUACUCGUCCAGCCACUCCGGCCGCUCAAACUUCUCCCUCAGUGCCAUGACUUCUAUGGGCAAAUCCAGCCACCGGCAUUCCAGUCACACUUCGAGCGGCAGUGGUGACUGCUCGGCUGGCCUGACGGACGACUCUGGCAGUCUACAAUCCAUGAGCACCAGCGAACCGAUGACUCCCCCGACGACGCCUCCAUCCAGUGAUGCCCACGGUCUGCAUCUGGCUCACAGCCCGAAGCAGCGCACCGAUAACCCAUGGAAGAAAAUGGGGAUGAAACUGGGCUUCAAGAAGCGUUCGACUACCGGGAGCUCGGGGAGCAAUAAACUGUCUGGCACGGACGAAUGA